AACAGAAACGAAGCUUGAUUUUUAAGAAAAAGAUAAUCUUUUUGAAAAAUGUUACACUUAUAUAGUUUCUUUGGCAACAGGAAUGUCACUGGGAAAUUAUUGAAACCUGAAUAUCACCACUUUUCCAUGAAACCCUUUCUUCCUCCUUUCUUUCAAACUCAACAAUGUCCAAAGCCAUUCUUUCUCGAAUCAAACCUCGUCACCGCCACAAAAUUUCCUCCUCUUUGCCUCCCCACAUCAACAAACUCGUCUCUGACGUCAUCCGAAUCCUUAAAUCCCAUCAAUCGCAUGAAUCCCUCCAAUCUCGCUUUGCUCAAUCCAAUGUUCUUGUUUCCGACAUUGCCCAUUUCGUCAUUGAUCGUGUCCACGAUCCGGAGCUCGCUCUGAAGUUCUUCGAUUGGGCUUCCACCCGACCCUUCUCUUGUUCUCUCGAUGGGGUUGCCCAUUCCUCUCUUCUGAAGCUCUUGGCCAGGUUCAGAGUGUUCUCGGAGAUCGAGUCGGUGUUGGAGAGCAUGAAAGCUCAAAACUUGAUCCCUACCCGUGGAGCAUAUAGUUCUUUAAUUCUUACAUAUGGAGAAUCUGGGUCGGUUGAUAGGGCUCUCCAGUUAUUCCAUGCAGUGCGUGAAAUGCAUAAUUGUUUUCCCAGUGUUGCCGCAAGCAAUUCGUUGCUGAAUGGCUUGGUCAAGAGCGGGAAAGUCGAUGUUGCGCUUCAGCUGUAUGAUAAAAUGCUUCAAACAGAUGAUGGAAGUGGUGCUGCUGUGGAUAACUAUAGCACCUCGAUAAUGGUGAAGGGCCUGUGCAACUCGGGGAAAAUUGAGGACGGUUGGAGGUUGAUUAAGGAUAGAUGGGGAAAAAGUUGUGUGCCACAUGUUGUGUUUUAUAAUAUGAUUAUUAAUGGUUAUUGCAAGAAGGGUGAUCUCAAAAGUGCAACCAGAGCUCUCAAGGACUUGAAAAUGAAGGGGGUUUUGCCAACAGUAGAAACUUACGGAGCUUUAAUUAAUGGAUUUUGCAAGGCAGGGGAGUUUGAAGCAGGUGAUCAAUUUCUGACAGAAAUGGCUGCAAGGGGAUUGAAUACGAAUGUGAAAGUGUUUAAUAGUAUUAUUGAUGCAGAAUAUAAGCAUGGUUUGGUAGCCAAAGCAGCUGAUACAAUGAGAAGGAUGGCUGAGAUGGGUUGCGAACCAGAUAUUACGACUUACAAUGUUAUGAUUAACUUUUCAUGUAGGGGUGGAAGGACUAAAGAAGCUGAUGAACUGAUAGAAAAGGCGAAAGAAAGGGGAUUGCUUCCUAAUAAAUUUAGCUAUACACCCCUCAUGCAUGCUUAUUGCAAGCAAGGGGAUUAUAUUAAGGCAUCAAGUAUACUUUUUAGGGUUGCUGAACUGGGAGAAAAGCCAGACUUGGUUUCUUAUGGAGCUUUUAUACACGGAGUAGUCGUUGCUGGGGAAAUUGAUGUUGCAUUGAUGGUCAAAGAGAAAAUGACGGAGAAGGGUGUACUUCCUGAUGCUCAAAUUUACAAUGUUUUGAUGAGCGGUCUCUGCAAAAAUGGGAGGUUUUCUGCCAUGAAAUUACUACUUUCAGAAAUGCUUGAUCAAAAUGUUCAACCUGAUGCAUAUGUCUAUGCCACCCUGAUAGACGGGUUUAUUAGAAGUGGUGAGCUUGAUGAGGCAAUUAAGCUUUUUGAAAUCAUAAUUAGAAAGGGUAUAGACCCUGGUGUUGUGGGGUAUAAUGCCAUGAUCAAAGGCUUCUGUAAAUUCGGAAAGAUGACAGAUGCUCUGUCAUGCUUAAAUAAGAUGAAAAAUGUGCAUCAUGGUCCAGAUGAAUAUACGUAUUCCACAGUUAUAGAUGGAUAUGUAAAACAGCAUGACAUGAGGAGUGCCCUCAAGAUGUUUGGACAAAUGAUGAAACAUAUAUUCAAGCCAAAUGUGAUCACCUACACCUCUUUAAUCAAUGGGUUCUGUAAGAAAGAAGAUAUGAUCAGAGCUGAAAAAGUUUUCGGAGGAAUGAAAACUUUCAAUUUGGAGCCUAAUGUUGUCACCUACACCACACUAGUUGGGGGUUUCUUUAAGGCUGGUAGACCUGAGAAAGCAACAUCCAUUUUUGAGUUAAUGCUGAUGAAUGGUUGCCUUCCAAAUGAUGCUACAUUCCAUUACAUGGUAAAUGGUUUAACAAAUACUGCACCUUCUCCGGUUCUUGUUGAGAAAAGCGAUUCCAAGGAAAAUGAGAGGUCACUGAUUUUGGAUUUCUUCACAAUCAUGAUUUUGGAUGGAUGGGGGCCAUUGAUUGCAGCUUACAAUUCUAUUAUUGUUUGUCUUUGUAAACACGGAAUGGUUGACACUGCCCAAUCUUUGAAAACUAAGAUGCUGAAUAAGGGAUUUCUUAUGGACUCUGUAUGUUUCACUGCUCUGCUACAUGGUUUAUGCCAAAAUGGCAAGUCAAAAGAAUGGAGAAAUAUUGUAUCCUGUGAUCUAAGUAAGACUGAACUUCAAACUGCUGUUAAAUAUUCCCUGACAUUAGACAAAUACCUAUAUCAGGGAAGGCUCUCAGAGGCUUCAGUUAUUUUACAGACCUUGAUUGAAGACUCCAAGUUUUCUGAACAACCUGAUAAAAAUCUAAAGGUUAUAGCAAGAUAGAGACUGAGGAAAUUCCCAUGCAUGAGGACAUUUUACAGAUUAAAGAAGUCAAGCAAUAUUUCAGUCAUGUAUGAAUGUGUAUAUAAUGUGAUCUACAUAGAAUUUAAAGAAGACAUUUAUAUUGUCUUUUCUGAAUUCUAUUAACCUUCUUGAUGUCAGCAAACAGCAAAUAGACAUCACAAAUUAUCUUCAGACAAUCAUUUUAUGAAGAAUAUAUAAGUGAAUCAUUACAAUCCCCAACCUUUUUCACUAUUACUAGCAUCAUUUAAAGAUGUUGAAUCUCAAUGCUUUGAAGCUGGCAUGCAUAAAGAUGUUGAAUAUCAAUGCUUUGAAGCCUGAGACAGCUGCUUGUAACAAUAGAGGUUCUGAAUUGAUAUAAAUCUUGCAGUUGCGCGUCUGUUUCAGCCAUUAUCUAUGAAAGUGGUCCAAGACCUUCCCAAUUCCCACAAACAUAGGAGGAAAAUUUUCCUGACACGAAUACACGAUCCCAAGGUUGUUUGUUUCUUUGGUUUUUGACAGUUCCAAAGUUAUUUCUUCAGUUUCUGGCAGUUCACUUACCAUAUUGGGAAAAGUACUCCUACAUAAUAAUAUGCCCUCACUGAUAUAUUUUCGCCUACUUCAAUGACUUUAAUGCCCCUUUCUGACUAUCCAAUGGGAUGGGAGAGGGGCAAAAUUGCAGCGAGCCUACAACACUAACCAAUUUCAAAGUCAAGGCAUUGGGAUAUAUAUUUUGCAGACUAGUCUAAAUGGAGUUGGAUUCUUCUUCACCAUAUCAGAUAGUUGGGUUAUGCAUGCAUUCUGAUUCAGAUGUGAAAAAGCUGAAAAGUGUCUUAUGGAAGUAGUUGAAAUCUAGAAUAGAGCUGAAGAACAGAGAAGAAUAAUUGGUUCUCCGUCAUCCCAGGUGUGAUCUUUGGUCGGUUUUCAUAAAUCAAGUACAUUCAAUAAAGUUCGCAUGUUGCAGAGACAUGCAGUGAAAGUGAAGCAGUGGAAAAGGAGGGUGGUGAAAAAAACGGCUGUCUUUUGGAUUCUACGAGGAGUUGUUUGGUGGAGCAU